UCAAAGCAUUUGAGUUAGUUUUUUUGUUGUUGUUUUAAAUAUAGAGCCAAAUAUAUUUAUUUCGUGAUAACUUAAUUUAAUCUACACAUUCAAGAUAAAAGGAGCGCACAAAAAUCACCUUUUUAAACAGUAUUUAUUUAUUAUAAACAUACAUAAACCGUAAUUAAUAUUUUAUUUGUUAAACAAAAAGAAAAUAAGUUAAAAAUUACAUAAUAACAAUUGAUAGGAUGUAAGAACUAUACAUUUUUUUGUCUGUGUACUUUCUUAACGAGCAAAAUGUCUUCGUGAUGUCAUAUAAUUGAAAAACAAUUUCAAUGCUGAGAUGCAGAAUUUUGGAAAAUGCCCAAACAUAUGCAAUGUUUUUUGAUUGUUUGUUGUAUUUGAAUGCAUGAAUUCAGUCGAAAACGUCGAAAAAGUGUUAGUAGUGGAGGAGGUAGUGGAGAAGGACGUGCAAACAAAUGCGGAGAUGUUGAAAGUGGUCAAGUUGUGACGACUGAGGACAAAAUUGAUGUUAAUAGUAACGGAAACUGUAGUGAUAUUGCAGUGGAGAGCAGUAACAUCCGUAGUGCAGAAAGUUAUAGGCCACCAUCAAAUCAGAACAGCGAGGGGCUUGUCCACCACUUCAAUCGACCCCCUCAAAAUAUUUUCAGCUUUGACAAUUUAAACUUACAACCGUCAGGGCCAGGAGUUGUUCAAGGCGAUAUUUAUAAGGCGAACUGUUCCCAGCCUAUAAGCUCGAUUGUGGUAUUGGGAAGUGGAUCAAGAACAACGAUAACUAAUUCCAAGUUGGCUUUGAAUGGAGCAUCGGCGGGAAUUGGUACUAGCGUUAUGGGCACUAUGCUCCCUAGUAUCGAUGGGAUCGAAACAAUGGCCAAUAGUCCGUCAGGGAUCGGUUAUAUUAGCAGCAACAAUAGUGGCAGUUUGUGCGGAGCAGCACCAGCAACAGCAACAGCAAGUUCAACAACAGCUCAACAAGUUGCUUCAACGUCGACUCAACAAAACGCUCCACUGCCACUGAGUAACAUCAUGAUAUUGAGUGGAGCAGCGGCCGCUGCGGCUGCAAGUGCAGCAGCGACAUCAUCAGCUGGCAAUCCACCAUCAUGCGGUGGUGUAACCUCAAUAAUGGGCAUCUCAGGCGGUAUCAGUACAACAAUGGGACCGAGCAGUGCUAUUAGUGGUGUACCACCAAUCGGCCUGGGCAUUGCCACUGGAAUUGGUAAUAAAAUGCUCGGUCGAAAACAAAGCUUAAAAGGUGAACCAUUUUUAGCGGACUACGGUCCCGAGGAAUCGCUAAACGAAAGCACAGACAUCGAGUGGGUGAAUAAAUUGUGGGUAAGGCGACUGAUGCGCUUAUGCGCUUUAGUCUCGUUAACCUCAGUUUCCUUAAACACUCCGAAGACUUUCGAGCGACAUCCGCCAUUACAGUAUUGUACAUUUGCUUCUGAUACCGCUGUGACAGUUUUAUUUACCGCCGAAAUGAUUGCCAAAAUGCACAUUAGAGGAGUUUUGAAAGGUGAGGUGCCCUACUUGAAGGACCAUUGGUGCCAAUUUGAUGCGUCAAUGGUAUUUUUUUUGUGGACGUCUAUAAUUUUGCAAAUUUUCGAAGUUCUUGAAUUUGUGCCAAAAUUUUCUUAUCUAUCAAUUAUGCGUGCUCCCCGACCCUUAAUAAUGAUACGUUUCCUACGAGUUUUUCUUAAAUUUUCGAUGCCAAAGAGUCGCAUAAAUCAAAUAUUUAAGCGAUCGAGUCAACAAAUCUACAAUGUUACUUUGUUCUUUUUAUUCUUUAUGUCACUUUAUGGUCUACUUGGUGUACAAUUUUUCGGAGAGCUUAAAAACCACUGCGUUUUAAAUUCCACCGAGGAGGACGAACAACCAUAUUUGACAAUUAAUUCACUUGCAAUACCAGAUACAUUUUGUUCAAUGGAUCCAGAUUCGGGUUAUCAGUGUCCACCUGGCAUGAAAUGCAUGAAAAUGGAUUUUCUAAGCAGUUAUGUAAUUGGGUUCAAUGGAUUCGAAGAUAUCGCUACAAGUAUUUUUACGGUUUAUCAAGCUGCGUCCCAAGAAGGUUGGGUCUUUAUUAUGUAUCGGGCGAUUGAUUCGCUGCCUGCUUGGAGAGCUGCUUUUUAUUUCAGCACGAUGAUUUUCUUCUUAGCAUGGUUGGUAAAGAACGUGUUUAUUGCUGUUAUUACCGAAACUUUCAAUGAAAUUCGUGUGCAAUUCCAACAAAUGUGGGGAGCACGAGGUCAUAUUCAAAAAUGUGCUGCUUCUCAAAUUCUAAGCGGAAAUGACACCGGUUGGCGGUUAAUUAUGAUCGACGAUAACAAACAUGGAGGUCUGGCACCGGAAACAUGUCAUGCUAUAUUGCGUUCACCCUAUUUUCGUAUGCUAGUCAUGACUGUGAUUUUGGCUAAUGGUAUUGUUACGGCAACAAUGACAUUCAAACAUGACGGUCGACCAAGGCAUGUUUUUUAUGAAAAUUAUUACUAUAUCGAAAUGGCGUUUACAUUCUUUUUUGACUUAGAAACUCUUUUUAAAAUGUACUGCCUUGGUUGGCGGGGUUAUUAUAAACAUUCAAUUCAUAAAUUCGAACUUUUGUUGGCUGCGGGCACAACAUUGCACAUUGUUCCGAUAUUCUAUCUGUCAGGAUUGACAUAUUUUCAAGUUCUGCGUGUUGUUCGUCUAAUUAAGGCCUCGCCAAUAUUGGAAGGUUUUGUUUAUAAAAUAUUCGGGCCCGGAAAAAAACUUGGCUCGCUUAUAAUCUUUACCAUGUGUUUACUGAUAAUCAGUUCUAGUAUUUCAAUGCAGUUGUUUUGUUUUCUAUGUGAUUUUACGAAAUUCGAAUCUUUCCCCGAAGCAUUUAUGUCUAUGUUCCAAAUAUUGACACAAGAAGCCUGGGUUGAGGUCAUGGACGAAACGAUGAUUCGAACAAGCAAAACUUUAACACCACUCGUUGCAGUCUAUUUCAUUUUGUACCAUUUGUUUGUCACUUUGAUUGUGUUGAGCUUGUUCGUUGCGGUUAUUUUGGAUAACUUGGAAUUAGACGAGGAUAUUAAAAAGCUGAAACAGCUUAAAUUUCGUGAACAAAGUGCAGAAAUCAAAGAAACUUUACCGUUUCGAUUGAGAAUUUUCGAAAAAUUUCCUCAUUCUCCACAGAUGACAAUAUUGCAUAAGAUUCCAAAUGACUUUACGUUACCCAAGGUCCGGGAAUCUUUUAUGAAGCAAUUUGUCAUGGAACUUGAGAGUGAUGAUCCUUCUUGUGUCGUUGAGAAUUGUAAACGUCCCAUGUCUGAGUGUUGGGAGUCGAAUGUAGUGUUUAAAAAACAAAAACCUGUUCAGAUUAUGAAUAAGACGCCAAAAGUUCGUUCUGCUGGAAGUAGCUUACGCAGAUUGGCAAUUACACAUAUUAUUAAUGAUUCAAACAACCAACGUUUAAUGCUUGGCGAUUCAGCAAUGUUACCUGUAGUUGGGGCUAAGGGUGGCCUCAAGCCCCAAGGAACUAUUACUCACACAAAACCUUGGCGAGUGGAUCCCAAAAAGUUUGGAUCACGUUCAAUUCGAAGAAGCGUUCGAUCGGGUUCAAUUAAACUUAAACAAACUUAUGAGCAUCUGAUGGAGAAUGGCGAUAUUGGGGCUGCUUCAAGAGUGACAUCAUCGCGAGCACGUCCUCAUGACUUGGAUAUAAAGCUUUUGCAAGCGAAACGUCAACAAGCUGAAAUGCGAAGGAAUCAACGUGAAGAAGAUCUGCGCGAGAAUCAUCCCUUCUUUGAUACGCCAUUAUUCUUGGUUCCUCGCGAAAGUCGUUUUCGUAAAGUUUGUCAAAAAAUCGUUCACGGUCGUUAUGAUGCUAGGCUAAAGGACCCCCUUACAGGAAAAGAAAGAAAAGUGCAAUAUAAGAGCUUACAUAACUUCCUAGGACUUGUUACCUACCUAGAUUGGGUUAUGAUUUUUGUGACAACACUCUCGUGCAUAUCGAUGAUGUUCGAAACACCAAACUACCGUGUAAUGGAUCAUCCAGCUUUGCAAAUAGCAGAAUAUGCCUUUGUAAUCUUUAUGAGUCUAGAACUAGCCUUAAAGAUUCUAGCCGAUGGUCUGUUUUUUACGCCCAAGGCUUAUAUCAAAGAUGUAGCAUCGGCUCUCGAUGUCUUCAUUUACAUUGUUUCAACUUCAUUUCUAUGCUGGAUGCCAAAAAAUAUUCCAUCUAAUUCAGCACCUCAACUUCUAAUGAUUCUACGAUGUGUUCGACCACUGAGAAUUUUCACGCUAGUGCCACACAUGCGAAAAGUGGUCUAUGAACUUUGUCGAGGAUUUAAAGAAAUUCUUUUGGUAUCAACGUUAUUAAUUCUGUUGAUGUUUAUCUUCGCUAGUUACGGCGUACAAUUGUAUGGUGGACGUUUGGCGAGAUGCAACGACCCGACAAUUACAAAGCGAAAGGAUUGCGUUGGGGUAUUUAUGCGUCGUGUAUUUGUAACGAAGAUGAAGUUAACACCGGGCUUGAAUGAGUCAUAUCCUUCGAUGCUAGUGCCUCGAGUUUGGGCUAAUCCAAGACGGUUUAACUUUGACAAUAUAGGCGAUGCAAUGUUAACACUAUUUGAGGUAUUGUCGUUUAAGGGAUGGCUGGAUGUGAGAGAUGUGUUAAUAAAAGCUGUUGGACCCAUUCAUGCUGUCUAUAUUCAUAUCUAUAUUUUUCUCGGCUGCAUGAUUGGUUUGACAUUGUUUGUUGGUGUAGUAAUUGCAAAUUAUUCCGAAAACAAAGGAACUGCACUUUUAACAGUUGAUCAACGACGUUGGUGUGACCUUAAAAAACGACUCAAAAUAGCUCAACCCUUACAUCUACCACCAAGGCCUGAUGGUCGUAAAGUUCGAGCAUUUACAUACGAUAUAACACAACAUAUUAUCUUUAAACGUUGCAUAGCUGUUGUGGUCCUGAUAAACAGUAUGCUUCUUUCAAUAACUUGGAUCAAAGAUGAAGUUCACACGGAACGUCUUGUAGUCGUCAGUACGGUUUUGACAUUUGUUUUUGUUAUUGAAGUAGUUAUGAAGAACAUCGCAUUUACCCCACGGGGAUAUUGGCAGUCUCGAAGAAAUCGUUAUGAUUUGCUGGUAACAGUAGCUGGUGUUGUUUGGAUUUUUUUGCAAACAAUAUUAAGGAGUGACCUUUCAUACUUCAUCGGAUUUAUGGUGGUGAUACUUCGGUUCUUUACCAUCACUGGCAAGCAUACAACACUUAAAAUGUUAAUGCUAACCGUUGGUGUAUCCGUGUGUAAAUCAUUUUUCAUUAUUUUUGGAAUGUUUUUGUUGGUGUUUUUCUAUGCCCUUGCCGGAACAAUACUAUUCGGUACCGUUAAAUACGGUGAAGGUAUAGGACGCCGUGCUAAUUUCGGAUCGCCUGUAACAGGAGUUGCGAUGCUAUUUCGAAUUGUCACCGGCGAAGAUUGGAAUAAAAUUAUGCACGAUUGUAUGAUUCAACCGCCUUAUUGUACGCCUGGCCUUAAUUAUUGGGAAACGGAUUGUGGAAAUUUCACAGCGAGUUUGGUGUAUUUUUGUACCUUUUAUGUCAUCAUAACUUAUAUAGUUUUAAAUUUAUUAGUUGCUAUUAUCAUGGAGAAUUUUUCAUUAUUUUAUUCAAAUGAAGAAGACGCUUUGUUAUCAUAUGCUGAUAUAAGGAAUUUCCAAAACACCUGGAAUGUUGUUGAUAUUCAUCAGAGGGGUGUUAUUCCUGUAAGAAGGGUUAAGUUUAUUUUACGUCUAUUGAAGGGAAGACUGGAAUGUGAUCCUCAGAAAGAUCGAUUACUAUUUAAAUAUAUGUGCUAUGAAUUGGAUAAGUUGCACAAUGGAGAAGAUGUGACGUUCCAUGAUGUCAUAAAUAUGCUGUCAUAUCGAUCGGUCGACAUACGUAAGGCACUUCAACUAGAAGAACUUUUGGCUCGUGAAGAAUUUGAGUAUAUAAUCGAAGAAGAAGUUGCCAAACAAACCAUUCGUACAUGGCUUGAAGGAUGUCUUAAGAAAAUACGAGCACAAAACGCCAGUAAACAGCAGAGUUCAUUACUGGCUGGAUUGCGAGCAACGAAUGAACUUAUGAUGCGUGCUGCCGAAGAAAAGGCCAAAGAAGCAAUGGCAGCCGCUACUGCAACGAUAGCAGCAGCUGCUUCAACCUCGGUGUGUACAACAGAAAAGUCUGUAGCCCCUCAAAAACCCACCUCCGAAGAAUUCCCCUUAGAAACGACAGCAUCCACAUCGCCUGAACAGAAGCGAACAUCCAUAACUUCAAAUUUUAGUCAAUCAAUGCAACUGCAACAGCAAACCGAUACACAGCCACCUUCCCAAACACCACAACAGAAACAACAACCACAAACACCUGUUCAGCAAGUGCAACCACCGCGUUUAACAACAAAUGCAACACCAUCUACAGGUGCAACGAAAAAACAGCCGCUCGUUCGAUCUGAUUCUACUGGAAGUGUGUCGGGUAGGAAGCUUCUUGCUCCCACAACAUCUGAUCCUCAAUCAAGAACCGACAAAGAACGCUGCAUUAUAAAUAAAAAAGCGGACAAGAAACCGAUUGCUCUGCCAUCUAGCAAAAGUAGCUUCAACGACUUCACAUCACACUAUCCAUCCAUUAUCACACAUCAUCAUCAUCAUCCCUACCAUGAAACUCAACAUUCCCGAUCAUAUCAUCAGCCUCACCACUUUCAAUACAAUAGCCAACAAAUACAAACCCAUAGCGAUAUUGUUGCGACAAUUAAUGGACAUCACCAACUGCAGUCGCAACCCCAGACACAGACUCCGCAUCAACCACAACAACAUACAACAGCAACUAGCAUAGGUGCCGCCGCCGCCAAAGCUGUUCCCUUUAAUAAUCCAGGAAAUGUGGUCUAUGAAGUCCACGACUGGUGGCAAGAACAAGUGAUUUGUGUCCAAGGCAGUGAAGACGAAUGCUAAGUUUUGUAUUAAAGAGAAUCAGCAAAAAGCUACAUGCGAUUUUUGUAAAAAAUUAUUAUAGGAGUAAUUGUUAUUUUUUGAUUAUUAUUAAUUGUUUAUUUAAUAAGAAAAAUAUAUAUAGAAAAAAAGAUUAACAAUAGAAAGUGGCAAUAAUUGCUAUAUGUCAAAAUAAAUUUUCCAUAUUUAUUAAAUACAUAGAUAUAUAAAAUUUAUAUAGAAUUGAUAGAAAAUAAUGUAUAGAAAAAACAGUUUACUGUAAAGAAAGAUGAGAACAUUAACUACAGAAAAUUAAUUAAAUGAAAACUAAAAAGGGCAAAAGUUAAAAAAUGAUACCCCAGACUCAAGAUCAUAUUCUUAAGCAUUUAAGCCAUUGAGUUACAAAACUUAUUCUUAUUUAAAAGUUCAUUCCAUUGUUUUGAUUCGUGGUUAACAGGUGUUAUUGCGGAAAGAUUAUAGAAAACGAAUUUUAAGUCCUAGUGUUAGAAAUACACAUAUUCCAAAAAUUCUCCGUACAGAAGCUUUCUUUUUGUUGGUUCUGAGAUAAAAUAUUUAUUAUAACAGUAAAUUAAAAACAGGUGUUGAAAAUCACAAUUACAAUUUUUUUAAAUUUGGUAUAAAUGUGAAAGUGGAAACUUACUUUUUUUCAAUAUUACCACUUUGGUAUAUACAUUUAUUUCUAGUGCUUUUUCAAAAAAAAAAAAAAAAAAACAAUAAAAUAAGUUUGCUGUACGGAGACUUUUUUGACUGUGCGGAGCUGCAUUUAGUACUCUUAGGUUAGUUUUAGAUUUGGAUGUCUUUUAUUUGCGUUCAAAAAUUAAAAUCCCAACAGCUCUCUUUAAGCAAAUUAUAUUCCAUAACCAUGUGUAGGUAUUCCUCUUAACUAAGCUUCCUAACUUAAAUUAUGUUAAUUUUCAAGUUACAAAAAUUUCAUAGCCCAACAAAUUGAAGUUUCGUAUUUCAAAAGCAAACAAUUUGUUCUUGAAUGCCUACAUAUGAAUUAAAAAUAUCUAUUUCCAAAUUGAAAUUCGAAAUAAUUGAUGAAAACUUGUUUUUACAUUUCCAUAGGAUUUUAACAAUAAAAAAUAAAACUCCGGAAGUUAUCUCAAAAUUCAAAAACUGCAACUAGCAAAAAUUUGCAGUUUUUGAAAGUAAACGCACAACAAAACCUAUACUAAAAAAUAUUUUCUCGUCAAAUAUACUUGAGUUCAUUCUAAAAAAGCCACAAAAAAACAGCCUAAAAUUUAGAAUAAUAAAUUCGUUUUAAACUUAAAAGUAGAAAUACAAUUGUACAAAAUAUUUAAAAAUCAAUUGAAUACAAAAAAUCGUUGUCAUUGACUAAGAUUGCUGGCCAAGCCCAUUUAUAAUUUGGGUUAGCUAUCAAACAGAAAAGAAAAUAAAUAAUUAUUCAAAAUAAUUGUUCAUAUAAAAUGCUUUGUUAUGACAAACUAUCAUAUUUUGUACCUAUUGAGCACAAAUACAAAUAUUAGACUCUGUGCCUAAACAGUACAAUUAUAAAAUUAAACAAAAACCUUUUAUUUA